AUGGACAUCAAUACAGAUGACUCCAUCUCCUACCAUAUAAGAUCUGGUGAAGGUAAGGAUAGCAAGCCAAACAUCUGCUUCAAUGGAGAAUAUUUGAUAAAUGCUGAGCAGGAUAAUGCCAAGAGAGGAAUCAACAUGGUGGUCAUAAAUGAAAAAAUACAGAUGAGUAAUAAUUUAUUCACGUUUAACUUUUUCAUUGACUCAGACAAAACGCUCGAAGUUGAAGACAUACGAUACUUUGAUACUUAUGAAUCAGAUGUUUUCUUGAAGCACUACUUGAAGAUGGGGAUCCAAAACACUCAACUUGUUUUAGUUGCCACGUUUGACGACGCCGGUCUCAAUUUAUCGAAUGAAUCAAGAAUAUUGCUGGCCAGUUACGGGAGUGCGUUGAUUCAGAAUCUAAAGUUCAGGGACAACUUCGUCGCGCUAGGACAAAGAGGUUUGGCGAAGGGCAGCAGUAUUGAAAAGCUGACAGCCAGGGAGAAGGAUGCGGAGUUUGCGAAAGUGGCUGAAGUGAAAGGAUGCGUGAGACUGCCAGUUGGUAAGUUGAACCAGCUUCCGAACGAGCAGCAGACAGAGCAAGCGUCUCCCCAGAAAGUCUCAGAAGGGGAGGGUCUCAUAAAUUGCGGAGUGCCCAAACCCUGUGAGCCGGGCAGCAUCUCCCUCCACAUGUACACCGGCAAGGAAAAUGUUGAUGUCUGCAAGCUAUGCAUCAAUGGCAGAUAUGUAUUUGCGAAGAAUUUGAAUCACGCUGGCAGAGGUCUGAACAUCGCAGUGGUCAGCCCGAAGACUCAAGACGUCAUCAAGAUCGGAAACUUUGAUACAUUCUCCGCUGAUAGCACAAACGCGGAAUUGUUCCUGGAAAUGUUGGAGGAGAGAGACAUCAUUGUGGUUGUCUCAAACGAUGAAGCCUCUUCAAAUUUAAACGUGAACAUCCAACGUCAGUUCGAGGAGCUAGGCAGUCGUAUGAUCAGCAAGCUCUCAUUCAGAGACGUCUGGGUCUUUGUUGGGCAGAAGGGUAUUGUCGGGAAAUCCCCAUUUGAGCAGUUAAACAGAGCAGAGGGGUCUUGGCCAAAGCCCAUUGACCUGAGAAUGUGCAUUCCCAUGAAAAUUCAAGGAAACCUCACUUUGCAGCCGAAAGAUGUAAUUGAGUUGAAGAAGAAGUUCUGCUCGAAAUAUUCCACCAUUGUUGACGAUGACUUCUGUUCACAUGAAAACCUGAAGAGGUUAAUCGAGCCGGCACAUUUGCUACAGAGUGAAAUGGUCAACAAUGAUGUUUUCAAGUUACCUAUCAUCAUUAUACCUGGGAACAAUUACAAGUCCUUCCAACUCCAGAUAGAGGCACUCCUCGCCAAUCCUGGAAUCGAUCCAAAAAAGAUAACAGUGAUAUACAGUCGAUCUAAUGGCUUAUACGCUGACCUAUCUGAGGUGUAUGGCGCUCGGUCACAUUCCAUGGUGCCUCUUGACGAUAGCUACAAGAAUUUUUUAAUACAGGCAAUCAGCAGAGCCUGGAAGAUACAUCCGUACGAGAAAAACAUGAUCUUCCUGGAAGAUGAAGUCAUUCCUUCGUUGGACUUCCUUUCCUUCAUUGGUAGAUGCAUGACAACCAACUUUCUCGUCGACAGUACACUAUUUGGCAUUUCCGCUUGGACGCCUUAUAGGGAAGGACAUGGAAUAACAUCUCUGUGGUAUCGAAGCAAUCAUCUUCCUGGUCUGGGAUUCCUCAUGAAGAAAAGCUUCUACAUGGAUCAUCUGAACGAUCACCUCUCUACAUGCUGCCUCAACAGGACGUGGUUUGGUUGGAAAGCAGUUGACAUACAAGACAACGAAAUGAUCUACCCUGAUGCACCGAGAGUUUUUAGACUUCCUUACAUUGAAAAGCCAAAAUCAACUGGAGAAAAAACUGAAACUAAUGAUUUAUCAAUUGCUUUGUUUGCAGCGGAGCCAAAUACAAACGAUGACUCCAAUGCGGAGUUGGACCAACCCGGCAUGAUGAUCAUCCACCGGUAUGAAACAUACCUACGAGAAUUAAUCAAAAAGUCCAAACCACUCGAUCAAAAGUUUGUUGACACCUGUGUUCUGAACAACACUGUCGACCCGAAAUUGUUGCCUGAAAGAAAGAUUGAGUAUGACAAUCUCAAUGCCUACUACAUCAUUUAUUACGACCAAAAGACGGCUGAUGAUUUCAGCGGUGCUUUCAAAAUUGCCAGUUGCUUCAAAUUCAAACCCUUGCCAGGUGUGCCUAAUCCAAAUUUCAGGCGAGGAUUGCUCAGAUUGUCUUACAAAGAAGACCACAUCAUGAUAGUGGGAUCAAAAACAGAAUACUAUGAAUACAAAUCAGAUCAAUCUGAAAUCAACACCAUCCCUUGA